AUGGUACAAUACGGAGGGGAUGAAGUCGCUGCCCUUGUCGUGGAUAUGGGCGCAUCCUCUCUUCGCGCAGGAUAUGCCGGAGAUGACACGCCAAAAGCCAUUAUACCUACAUCGUACGGCUACAUUACCGAACCCGCCUCUGGGGGAGAUGUAACGAUGGGUGAAGCGGGGGAAGACGGCCAACCAGCGCGGCCAGCCGCCAAAAUGUACAUUGGCCAGAACGGCCCCUCGAUGUGGAGGGCGAACAUGGAAGUCGCGAACCCCAUCCAGAACGGAAUGAUACAUGAUUUCGCGCCCAUCCCACCGCUCAUAUCGCAUGCUCUGAGGGAUGUCAUGCGCUGCAACCCCACUGAACACCCAGUGCUCGUAACCGAGCCCGCCUGGAACACGCCAGCAAACCGCGAACGCAUGGCCGAGAUCAUGUUCGAGGAGUUCCAGGUUCCCGCCUUCUACAUCGCGAACACAGGCGUCCUGAAUGCUUUCGCCGCAGGGAAGGGCUCAGCGCUGGUGGUUGACAUCGGCCAAUCCAUGGCUAGUGUAACGCCAGUAGUCGAUGGAUUUGUCCUCCGCAAAGGUUUGCAGUACUCCGCCCUCCCCCAACUCGUCCACGCGCACGCCAAACACCUCCUCACUAAUCCCACCCAGCACCGCCCAGCCAUCCAACUUCUCCCCCACCAACUUAUCGCCAGUAAAAUGCCAGUAGAGCCUGCCCAACCACCCAAAUUCACCCUCCGCGAAGACCGCAUGGCCAAGACGACCGACAGCUGGCGGAUAUGGGCCGAGUCGCGGGAGGUGGACGAGUGGAUACAGAGCGUCGCGGGCGUGCUCGAUCAGGGCUGGAAUGAACAGGCGGUAAUGCAGCGCCCACCACGGCAGUACGAGUUCCCCACCGGGUUCAACACCUACUUCGGCCCCGAGCGGUUCUCCGUCGGCGAGCUCUACUUCAACCACUCCAUGAUCGCCGAUCGGAAUGACAACCUCCCCCGCCCGCUCCCGAGCCUCAUCACAGCAUGCCUGGGCAACUGCGACCCCGACCUCCGCCAAAACCUACUCGGGAAUCUCGUCGUGACCGGCGGCGGGAGUCUCUUCGGUGGCCUGGUCGAUCGGCUGGGCAACGAGCUGGGACGGCACUUCCAGGUCAAGAUACAUGCCCCGGGUAACCCUAUCGAACGUCGAUACGGCGGGUGGCUCGGAGGGAGUAUUCUAGCGAGUCUGGGGACGUUCCAUCAGCUUUGGAUAAGCAAGGAGGAGUGGCAGGACCACGGAAAAGCCAUCGUCGGGCAAAGGUGUAAAUAGAUAUGACUUAUUGUAAUCUAUUAGGUGCUCCUGAAGAGCAUCUAGCUUUUGGAAGCAACAUGAGAAGUCGC